UGUGUUAAUAAACAUAUGGGGAAAGUUAAAUAUACCGUUUUUCUACUGUACACUCAUGCUAUUGAUUCGCGGUGUAUAAGCAAUACAUUUUUGAGGCUUCACUACCCCUCUUGAGGGAGUUCAUGUUGAAUAUACUCGAUCCCCUACCCUAUCUACGUCGUACAGGUGUAAGGAAAAAAAGGAGGAAAAGAGAAAAGAAAUAGCAGAGUUGCGGAGUCGCUGUGGUACCCACACGAACUUCUCAACCUGGUAGUGAUUCAAUUACCAUUAGCCCUAUCUUUCAUUCAGUGUACCGUCUGUCUCGUCUAUUUUGCGACUAAUUAAUUAAACGACGGAAGCCAAAUAUUGCAAUGGAUUUAAAGGAAGAAGACGAAAGUGGAAACGAGAAUAGCAGGCAACUAUUUUUGGUGGGUGCACCGCGUGAUCCUCUAGUAUCCACUGGGGCGAUCGUGGCUUCCACUGCGGCACCAGACGAGAUCAACCCCGGAGGAGAUCUACAGUCGACUGCUCUGGCUGGUCUGAUAGGCGCUCAAUCUUCUUCAGUUUGCUUUCCUACAAAAUUCUCGUACGACUUUUCACCAAGUCCGGGAAGCGAAGACAGGCAAUCGACUGGAGUUGGAAAAAGAAAGCAGCGGAGAUACCGCACCACGUUCACCAAUUUUCAAUUGGAGGAAUUAGAAAGAGCGUUUCAGAAAACACAUUAUCCUGAUGUAUUUUUUAGGGAAGAACUUGCUCUACGUAUCCAAUUGACGGAAGCCAGGGUGCAGGUAUGGUUUCAAAACAGAAGAGCAAAAUGGCGAAAACAAGAGAAACAAUGUAAAGUAACUACUCACUUGACUUCGCAUUUACCACCUUCUGAAUGUCAAGAAGUGCAACAACAGCAGCAACAGCAGCAACAAUCAGAUCAUUUAUUACUGGAACCACCAUUGGGCAGUCCACCGCCUAUAUACCUUGGCAUGGAAUGGGCAGGCUUUUCGCCUUAUAGCAAUACUGCAUCACCUCUUGUGGUUAACAGCAUGAAUAAGCCAUUAGAAUCAGAAACGGAUGACAAUCCUUUGCUGGAUCCAGAACUGUUGCAAUUAAAAACUCCACGUUCCUAAUAGUAUCAACCUAGAUCUAUGCUGUAGUGGAACUCAUUAAUUCCUUAUAUUACGUAACAUUUUUAAAGAACAGAGAAUGUCUGAUGCAAACAAUUUUUUGCAAUGUCACUUAAAUCUAUGUAUCGUGCAAUAUAUGGCUAUCAAAAGUGUUAUACAUAUUACUACCAGUUUUAACUGGUACGUACGGGACCAGAGACUUAUUAUAAACAAGAUAAAAAGUAGAAUUCAAAAUAUAGAAUUCAAAUAUGCUUGGAAUACUGUUACAUAUAGAUUUUGUAAAAAUAUAUUGAUUUAUUCUUCGUAUAGAUUCAAUGAAUCUGAAAACGUGUAGUGAAACGAGUAAAUUUUUACUCUUGGGAAACCAAUGAAAUUGUCCCAGCAUAAAAUAGUAACAUCAUCUUUAUUCCGUGCACAUAUAUUACAAGUCAUUGAAUCAACUAAGUUAUUAAUCGAUUGAUUUAGGGGCAAUAAAGCAGUUCAGGAUGCUUUAUUUGAUCUUUCAAGUAAGAUUCAGGUUUAAAUGAAAGAUAUCUUUUGUUUCCACAAAAACAAGUUUGAUAAACUUACUCAAAUAAAAUUUAAUAUAGUUAAUCGUUUUAUUGAAAUGUUAGCAAAAACUAUCGUGUUAUGAAUGAUCACAAAGCACCCUGAAUAAAAUAAAUUAAUGAUUGUGUCAGAUGGUACGAUAAAAUCAUGCGACGUACGAAUACUCAUCUGCAUUAUUUGGCGUACGUUCGAUAUAUUGCUUAUCUAUAAGAGCUUCGAUACAUUUUUUGAUCAUGCUGAUUGAUGGUGCAAAUGUAACCUUAGAUUGACUUAGUACCUGGAACCAAAUUAUUAUGUUCAAUUACUCAAAAACGAUUCCUACGUUUCAUAUAAAAAAAAAAUCUCACCUCUUGUACUA